AUGCUGCUGCUACAUGCCUGGGGACCACUCAUUUUAUCUUAUUUUCACCCCAUCUUUUCCACCAGAUUCAUCAACAACACGGAACCUACAAACCAAACAGAUGUUUCAGAAUCCCUACUUCUGAGAUUGACAGAUGAUCCAGAACUACAGCCCCUCCUCUUCUGCCUGUUUCUGUCCUCCAUGUACCUGAUCACUGUGCUGGGGAACCUGCUCAUCAUCCUGGCCAUCAGCUCAGACUCCCACCUCCACAUGCCCAUGUACUUCUUCCUUUCCAACCUGUCCUUGAAUGACAUCUGUUUAAGCACAACCACCACCCCAAAGAUGCUAGUGAAUAUCCAAACACAGAAUCAGAGCAUCACUUUUAUGGGCUGCCUCACCCAGAUUGGCUUUGCGCUGGUUUGGGGUGGAUUUGAGAAUUUUCUCCUUACAUCAAUGGCCUAUGACUGCUAUAUGGCCAUUUGUCACCCUUUGAUAUACACGGUCAUCAUGAGCUCCUGCCUCUGUGUUCUGCUGAUUCUCCUCUCCCUGCUCCUGAGCAUUGUGGUUGCCCUAAAGCACAGUCUGAUAGUGCUGCAGCUGUCCUUCUGUGGAGUCCUGGAAAUCCCCCACUUCUGUGAACUUGCUCAGGUCAUCAAGCUCACUUGUUCUGAUAUCUUCAUCAAUAACUUCCUGAUAUAUUUUGUGGCUAGCCUCUUUGGUGGUGGUAUUCCUCUGUGUGGAAUUAUUUUCUCUUAUACUCAAAUUGUAUCCUCCAUUUUGAGAAUGCCAUCAGCAGGGGGAAAGCUCAAAGCUUUUUCCAUGUAUGGGUCUCACCUGUCAGUUGUCUCCUUGUUCUAUGGGACCACUUGGGGGGUGUAAAUUACAUCUACAAUUACUGACUCUUCCAGGAAGACUGCAGUGGCUUCAGCGAUGUAUAUUGUGAUUUCUCAAAUGAUGAACCCCUUUAUCUACAGCCUGAGGAAAAGGGACAUGAAACAUGCCUUAAGAAAACUAAUUGGUAGAAUACCUUCUUUUCUGAUUUUAUGCCAUUUACUCUGGGCUAUGGUUUCUAGAAUAUGGCAAAGUGUUAGGAAUACUGGGUGA